GUAAAAACAAAAAAGUUUCAACUACUUGUAUUUUCGUUUGACGUUUUAUUUAUUUGAUGUUAAGAAUGGCUGUCAAAGAAAAACAAUCGGACUCCACUGAGGAAAUCGAGUGGAAUGUGGAAAAUGAAAUUCAAUUAUUCUUCGCAAUGAAUGGUCACAAACCAGUUGGAGUAAAUAAAUAUUUCCACAUGGUUUGUAUUUGGGAGAAAUUUCGAGCUGCUAUUCACAAGGAAGUGUCCUUGAAAACAAUUUGGGAUCAUCUGGAAUCAAUGUAUGAUUUAAUGUCUCUGGAUGAUAUGGAGGAUUUUCCAUUUCCCAGCAACGAAGUUGAUUUUAGCCUUCCGGAAGCGGAAUUUCAAGAUAUUAUUAAAUAUCGUCAAGAGGAACAGGAGGCUAAAAUGAAAGAACAAAAGGAAAAGCAAAAAGAAGUGAAAAAGGAAAAAGAAAUUAAAGAACCUGUGAAAAAAGAAGUACCACGAGAAACAAAAGCGCCAAAGGAAAUUGAAAAGAAGAAAGAGGAAAUUAAAAAAGUAGCCAAAGAACCAGAAGUCAAGAAAGAGAAACAAAAGGAAGUUAAAGAUGUUAAAAAAGAACAGAAAACACCCGCCAAAGGUAGAUUAAAAGGAAAAGACGAUCAAGAUGAACCAGUUGUUGUUAUUAAAAAAGAGCGCAAAGAAUCAGAAUCAAAUCGAGAAGGCCCAAAGAGAGCACCAAAACGACCGACAAGACAAAGUAUUGACAGUUCAUCUAAAGCAUCUUCUAGUCCUCGCGAUACACCACCUCCAAAACGUCGAAGAAUUUAAAAAUUGACUGUUUUAUAUCUAUUUUCUAUAAAUGUUACAUAGAAUAGAUUUACAAAUACUAAUAAAUUUUACUGUUAAUUUUUUCAAGUAAA